AUGGACGACAACGAGUUGUACGUACCUCGGUCGUACUACUACCUCCUGCACGCUGCGUCCGACCAGGAACAUUCCUUGGGCCUUGAAGUGCGCGAGUCGAACAUUCCAAGAGCGGGGAAGGGACUGUUCGCGACGAAACGCCAUUCAAAAGGGUCCGUCAUUUGCGAGUACACGGGAGUGGUGCUCCACAGCCAGGAAGCCGCGUGGAAGCUCAAGGACAAGUCGUACCUCAUGAAGCUGGGCGACAGCAAGUACGUGGACACGUUGCAUUGCCCGCACGUUCUUGCCCGGUACAUCAACGACUGCAGAGGGCGUUUCGGAGGCUUCAACGUGCACUUUGACAAGCGGCCAGACGACAACAAGGCCAAUGUUGUUGCCAUGCGAGACAUUGAGCCAGGAGAAGAGCUGUACGUCAAUUACGGGCGGCUCUACUGGCUCGCCUACAACAUGAUGCAUCCAAGCAAUCCCGUGCGGUAA